AGACUGGCAGUUCUCCAGUUUCAUGACAGCGGCCUCAUGGGUGGCACACUACAAACCUGACUCGCUUGGCUAGCACCAAGAACAAUGAACCAGUCGGAAUUGUCAGUGGACUCGAUGAUUCCCGCUAACAACAGCCAUAGAGAUUUUUUUCCUGACAGGGUGUCCAACCACUCCUGUCCAUUGGGCUGGGUGUUAAAGGACGGCCCAGAGGCUUGCAUUCUGGAGACUGCUGUCAUUGUGCUUUUGACAGUGCUCAUUAUUGCAGGAAACCUAACUGUGAUCUUUGUGUUCCACUGUGCUCCUUUGCUGCACCACUACACCACCAGCUAUUUUAUUCAGACUAUGGCCUAUGCUGACUUACUGGUUGGUCUUAGUUGCUUAGUCCCCACUUUAUCUCUGCUCCAUUACCCAGCAGGUGUCCAGGAACCAAUUACAUGCCAAGUUUUCAGCUACGUUAUUUCAGUUCUGAAGAGCGUGUCAAUGGCAUGCUUGGCCUGCAUCAGUGUGGACCGCUACUUGGCCAUAACUAAACCACUGUCAUACAAUCAGCUGGUGACACCGUGCCGACUGCGAGGCUGCAUCGCUCUCAUCUGGGUCUACUCAAGCUUGGUUUUCUUGCCCUCCUUUUUUGGUUGGGGCAAGCCAGGAUACCAUGGAGAUAUAUUUGAAUGGUGUGCUCAAUCCUGGCCGACCUCUGCCCUCUUCACAGGCUUUGUUGUGUGCUUUCUGUAUGCACCUGCAGCGCUUGUGGUCUGUUUUACCUAUUAUCACAUUUUUCGUAUAUGCCAGCAACACAACAGGGAGAUCAGUGAACGCCGGGCACGCUUUCCCAGCCAAGAGAUGGAGGCUGGUGAGGGGAAUAAUGGUGGACAUCAUGGAGGGCAUGGGCCAGAUCGGCGCUAUGCUAUGGUACUCUUCCGCAUUACAAGUGUUUUUUAUAUGCUUUGGCUGCCCUACAUAAUCUACUUUCUUCUAGAAAGCUCUCAUGUUCUUGAUAGUCCUGCACUUUCCUUUAUCACCACCUGGUUGGCCAUUAGCAACAGCUUUUGCAACUGUGUCAUCUACAGCCUGUCGAAUAGCGUAUUCCGCCUGGGCAUGCGCAGACUCUCGCAGACUAUGUGCUCCUUUAGCCAUUGCGCCGCCGAUGAAAGAGACUUAAGGGAGCCCAAACCAAGGAAGAGGGCAAACUCUUGCUCCAUCUGAGGGAAAUGCUUUAAGUGUGAGAAAUGAAUAAAACAUUUUAAUGGAUUGCAGUUA